CUUGCGAGUUCUGCAGUAAGUGAAGCCUCUGCCACUACACCAGAAUAUAUUUAGCUAAAAACUGAAAACCAUAGUGUUUUUAAUAUUUUUAUCCGUCAGAAACAAGCGACAAUCUCCCCUGAUGUUGACUGGAUGUAGAAAUCUCUCUUGGACAUUUUUCUCGCUCACCAGUAGAAGACUUUGGACUAGACAGAGUUUUAAGUCCCGAGCUGCUCUGUGCUCUUCGGCCUUUUCAUCCGUCCUUCAUUCUCUUCCUUCAUCUACCCACAGUCAUCACAUCCUGCCUAGCAGACAAAGCUCAGCUCGCCUUCCUCCGUCUUUUAAUUUCUCCUCAGCUCAUUCGUCCGGUCUGAUGGAGUUAAAGGAAGUUCUGCAGGUUUUGGAGCAGCUUGCUCCGCUGUCGCUUGCCGAGUCUUGGGAUAAUGUCGGCUUGCUGGUGGAGCCGAGCAAACCUCGGCCCAUUAAGACCAUUCUGCUAACCAAUGACCUCACAGAUGCCGUCAUGGAGGAAGCAGUGGCUGUGAGCUGCGAUCUCAUUAUUUCGUAUCACCCGCCGUUGUUUCGGCCAAUCAAGCGUCUGGUUCAGAAAGACUGGAAGCAGCGGCUGGCUGUGCGGGCCGUGGAGGCUGGCAUAGCGGUCUUUUCCCCUCACACUUCAUGGGAUUGCGUGAAAGGAGGCGUGAACGACUGGCUGGUUGGAGGACUUGGCAGCGGUCAAGUGUCGGUGUUGAGUCAGCUUUUCGGCGCCGCCUCCCACAGUCACAAACUGGAAUUCACGGUCAGAAGCGAAGAGGAACUAAACAUGAUCAUGGAGGAGCUGAAGGCUUGCGACAAUGGAACGACCCUACAGCAUUCAGGCAGCAGACCAGACAGCAGUGGUAUCCAUGUCAGCGUAACCUGUUGUGACUCAGCACUGACCCCGAGUGUCCAGGCUCUGUUAGGACACGGCACUCCCAGCCAGUCUCUCAGCAUCGUAAAGUUAGAAAAGCCCCCUCUCCUGGGCCACGGCCAAGGCCGACGCAGCGUUUUGGGCCAGCCAGUGACUGUCGGAGCAGCCGUCCAAAAACUGAAGUCUCACCUGGGUUUGAGUCACCUCCGUUUGGCUCUGGGGUGGGGGCAGACGCUGGAGUCCUCUGUGUGCACUGUGGCUGUAUGUGCUGGGUCAGGGGCCUCAGUACUGAAUGGAGUCAAGGCAGACCUCUAUGUCACAGGGGAGAUGUCCCACCAUGAAGUGCUGGAUGCUGUGGCAAAAGGAACCAGCGUGAUCCUCAGUGACCACAGCAACAGCGAGCGGGGUUACCUGGCUGUGUUCAGGGAGAGACUAGCCGUGCGCCUGCCCGAUAGCAUAACAGUGGUCCUGUCGAAGUCUGACAGAGACCCUCUGGAGGUCGUCUGACUGACUCUUGAUUGGAAGUUGUAGUAAAAAGUCAUCUUUUUCUGAAAGAUGGCUUUUUACUACAGAUAUGUGUGACAUUUUGUGUGUGAGCCAGCUAUGAAGAUUCAAAGAUGCAAUACAAGGAUUUUUUUUUAAUGUAUCUCAUAACUUGUGAAAGAUAAAUGAAAGUGACAGGUUCUUCUCAACAAGAUGACCUUUUAACCUCUGAACAAACAUGGCUGGAAAUCAAACGAUUUAGCACAUACAUGUCAAAGAGCAGGCCUUUGGUAUUGCUUCAGUGCACGUACUCCUGCCCCACUGCUGAGGCUUAAAAACAAAAACAAAACUAGUAACAGUCCUCAUUAUUGACUUUUACAGAGUCUUACGCCUGCACCGCCUAUGACACACCUGUUCUUUCAUAAAAACAUUAGGAGACAUCACACACUUCGCUGCCCCCCCAUCAGGGUAGUGGCUUUUCUCUCAGUGUGGUGUUCACACCUCCGCUUCCUUUCAGUCCUCAGCAGCUUUUAUCCCUAACAACACACAAAUGGAGAAGGAAAACAGCUAGAACAACGCGUAUACUUCGCUCCUGUAAACCGACUCCAGCUGUCACUUUUAUAGUGCAAGCAGGUAGGUCUGAGGCCUGUCAGUUUGAGAGUUUCCUUCUCCCACUGAGCCCUACGAGGUGGAUAAAUAUACUGCAUAGUGAGGCAAAACUGCAGAGUGUAAUGUGCUUUAAAAUCUGUAUUUGAUUUAUAUUUGAAAGUCUGUUGAGGAAACUGUUGGUUAAUAAGUCUAAUGAAACUCAACAGCAGCCUGUUGAACUAAAGUUUCUUGUGACGACUUUCUGUGAUCUUUACCAAGUCAAGGAGUUCAAACUUAAUCAGGAAAAGCAGAGCGAGGACUGUUGCAUGCAAGAAAAAAUGCUGAUAUGAAAUGAUACUGUAUUUUUACUUAAAUGCAAAUUUAGAGUAAAAUAUUUCACUUUUAUACUUUGCUUCUGCACACUGUCACAGUGGAGUGAACCAAGUGCAGACAUCUUUAGAUGAUGGGCUUAAAAUGCGCGUUAAAUGUUUGGAAAUUACGAUAAAAAAACACUCCUUCAUUUUUCAGAGACAUGGACAAAAUGAUAUAAUGUUAAAUUUAAGGAUUAUUAUUCAUGCUUGGAUAAAAAUCUUUUGCAGUUACCAACAAAUGCUAUGUUUCCUCACUUGAGACGUUUUGCUAGGCCUUUUCAGCCUUCAGUAGCUGCUUGUUUGUGGGACUGAAAAGCAUGACGGGUUGAGUUGAGAUCAGGUGAUUGACUUGAGUGCUGAGGAAUAUCCCAUUUCUUUGUCUCAAAGAUCUCUUGGUUUGCUUUAGCAGUUUGCUUUGGGUCUUUGAAGUGCUGUUCAUCAGUUCUGCAGCAUGUGGCUGAAUCUGAGCAGACUGUAGCCCUGUACACUUCUUAAUUUAUCCUGCUAUUCCAAACAGCAGUCAUAUCAUCAAGAAACACCCUGACCUGGUUCUACUGGCAGCCAUAUCAUACCAAUACCAUAAUAAUAAUAAUGCCAUAAUACUGCCUCCAGCAUGUUUGACAGCUAAUGUGGUAUGCUUCAGAUCAUCAGCUGUUAAAUGUUCCCAUUAUUCUGGUACAAGUUCCUAGUGUUUUCAUCGGUUCAAAAAGGGUUUUUUUUUGUUUUGUUUUGCCCAACUGUGCAGACUCUUUUAGGUGCUUUCUGGCAAA